AGGCGACCCGGGCUGGGCUCACACUGAGCUGUUGUGUCUCUCAGCCUCUGGCUGUCACUCUGCUCGCUGUUUCUCCUCCAUCUGACACACCACAGCGGACAGGAGACCUCUCAGCCAACAUGAACCUUUUCUGCUUUUCGCUGGAGGGGUCUAUGGACAGCCUGUAUGAGGCGGUGCAGAGCUCCAGUGACGGCCCACCGCCGCCCAUCCCCAGCCGAUCAACCAGCCGCUCAUGCAGCCGCUCCUGCAGCCCUGCGGUGCUGCUGGACGACAACACAAAGUGGAAGGGCUCUGGAAGAUCCAUAUCUAUGGAGAUGCCUCACAUGCAGGGAACCAACACUCACAAAAAGAAAAGAAGAACACAUAUAUCCAAAUCAGCAUCAGACAAUGAAGUACUGGAUAACCCCGGCUGUAAUACUGCAGUCUGGCAGCCUGCCAAGAGCCGAGAAGAUUUAGUCCACAUCCCCAACAAUCACAAUGAAGACAUGCGGAAGACGAAGCCCAGAACAGAAACCAAAGGAGGGAAAGGAGCGCAUCAUUCCGGCACAAAGAAAAAGGAGAAACUGCCCUCAAGCCAGAGCGUCCACACCAAUGGAGCGGGAACAGAGACUAAACCUGCUGCCAAAAGGGGGCCAAAGACGGGAAAGAAACCAGUCGCAAAGAACGGGAAAGAAACCACAAAGAAAAGUCACAGCUCCAAAAUGAGCUCCCCACCAGGCACAAUGAGCCCACCGCUGGGACCAAACUACCUGGACGUGCCGUACAGGUCAGAUCGGAGGCCCCACCCCGGCAAAUGCUCCACCCUCCCCGCUCAGGAGAACACGACCCCGGGCCGAUGCAGAGAUAUAGUCAACCUGCCUGGUGGAGCCACUCCCACCCACCACCAGCGCUGGAGCAACCCAGGUGACAACAGUCCUGCGUGGGGAAGCAUCCAGCACACCUGCCGCAGGCCGCUCACCGAGUAUCGCGUGUACUCCCACGACUUUACCCCGACACACGGGAAGGAGUGGGAGGGGAGACAGCAGCAGCCAGCGGCCCAGGAUGACAGCUUGAAACAGGACUAUAAACCCGAGAUUCCCCCAAGGGUGCCGCGAUCUGUCACCGAUGUGGAUCUGUCAGAACCAAAGCGCUCCACAAGCUUUGGCAAGUUUGAGGGUCUCAGACAUCACUCAUCACAGGCCAAACCGGAGGAAAAUGGAACAAAUACGCUCACUGAGGAAUGUGAAAGUUCAGACCCGCACAAAUCAGCUGGACUUGGGAAGAAGAUGAAAGCAAUUUCACUGACCAUGAGGAGAAAAAUGGGCAAAAAACACGCCAAGUCCUUCUCUGAGGAGACAGGCGAUGACACAGACAAAGACCCAGAGGCAGAGACAGAAGGUGUCCCUCCAGCCGAGAAAAACUCCGCUAAGACGAGCAACUCCUUAGAGAGUCUUUACAGUGGCCAGAGCUCCUCCAGUGGUGUGACCAGUGAGUCCAAUUGUUCUGGUCAGAGAGACAGUCUGAGGCUGGAGGAGGACGGAUCCUACCAGGGACAGUUCUGUGGACGAGCUCGGGUCCACACUGAUUUUGUUCCCAGUCCGUAUGACACAGACUCCCUCAAACUCAAGGUCGGUGACAUCAUCAACAUCAUCAGCAAGCCUCCGAUGGGCAUCUGGACGGGUAUGCUGAACAACAAAGUGGGCAACUUCAAGUUCAUCUAUGUAGACGUUUUGGUGGAGAAGGAGGAAGAAGAGGAAGAGGCUCCUAAAAUACGGCAACAGAAGCUGUGCAAAAGACCUCGACCGAAAACGCUGUUGGAGUUACUGGAGCGACUGAACCUGGAGGAAUACGCCUCUGCCCUGCUGCUGAAUGGCUACCAGACAGUAGAAGACCUGAUGCACCUGCAGGAGAAACACCUGAUAGAGCUGAACGUCAAAGACCCCGAACACAGACGCCGGCUGCUGGCUGCCGCUGAAUGUCGCUACACAGAAGGUGAUGAUGUCAGGGAUGUGGAGGAGCACAAGUCCUCCCACAGUCUACAGGAAGAAGACAGCGACUGUCCCAGAGACUCGGGCUGCUUCAUCCCGUCUGAAUGUUCAGACGGCAAAGACGACACAGAACACGUCACGGAGGCGGUGGAUUCAUGAAGUGCUCGUUCGUCAAAUGGAUACGCUGACAUUUGGAAUUGGGGAGUUGCAUGUUUUCUUAUGACUCUGAUUAAAAAUGUACCUUUAAUCUUCUCAAAAUGUCAUGUUUGCGCCCCUGAUCCAGACACAAGUAGAAGGUCUUUAAAAGCGUGACAGGAAAAACUAACAACCAGCAUUCUAGAUGUCAUCUUAUCCGUUUGUCACUUUAUCAAGAUAAAAGCUGUAAGUGUUGAUUUUUCUGUAUUUUUUUAAGUCGCGAAGGAAGUGGCAUUUCAUCAAUUUAAUGUCAGAUAUAUUUAUUGCAUUCUAAAUCAUUCAAUGUUUUUGCAUUUAAAGCCUUUAUUUAUCACAGCUGCAUAAUUUUUACCUUUUUCAUUCCAUCCAAUCUCACUUUAACUUCCAGUGUAUUUUUUUUUCCUGUGAAUGAAGUGAUUUUGGUAAAGGGGUGUUUUUCAUGUAGUGUUUGGAUUUGACAAAUGUAUAUUCAGAUCUUGCCUAUGUUGUAUACUGUACAGAUUAAUGUGUGCACUAUUUUCUCAACGUGUAUGUGAAUGAACAUGUGUGUCAGAGAGUCUAUGUGUAAGCUCAUGUGAAAGUCAUCUGUUUUCAUGGGUUUUUGUAAAUAAAAUUAAAGAAAUACAGUAAAAUAUGA